AUUCCGAGUCCCCGCCGGCAUCGAGGAAAGUAUAUCGGAACUUUGAGAGAUCUUGCCGGACUCCGCUGCAUCAUACCCACUCCGCCGAAUUCGAACACGACUUGCGAGCGAGCCGUCACCUUGACGUUAGUAUCCGAAUCGUAUGCUAUCGACACUGGAACCCAUGGAAGACUGAAAGAAACCCGGAAUUAUUCAUUGUCGUCGAAAAGGAAGCAAGAAGGUCCAAGUCUAGGUCCAGGUCCAGGUCCAGGAUACCGCCAACUCCCAGGUGGUGCACACUCGAGCCCAUUCCCGGUCACAGCGUUCGAAACGAGGAGAAAUAGACCCCUCCACUUCUUUUCCCCGGCGAGUCGAAAAGGAAAACCAAAAGACAAAUUCAUGCGAAGAGAGAGGCGAUAA